AUGGCCUUGCCCAAGAGGAUCGUCAAGGAGACGGAGCGGCUGAUGGCGGAGCCUGUCCCGGGCAUCAGUGCUAUUCCACACGAAGAUAACCUCCGCUACUUUGACGUCGAGAUCCACGGCCCUUCUCAGUCCCCGUAUGAAGGCGGCGUAUUUAAACUCGAACUUUUCCUUCCCGACGACUACCCGAUGACGCCCCCUAAGAUCCGCUUCCUUACCAAGAUUUUCCACCCGAAUGUGGACAAGUUGGGCCGUAUCUGCCUCGAUGUCCUCAAAAACAACUGGUCGCCUGCCCUGCAAAUCCGAACGAUCCUGCUUUCCAUCCAAGCCCUCCUCGGCGCUCCGAACCCGGACGACCCGCUGGCCCCCGAUGUCGCAAAGUCAUGGAAGGAGAACGAGCAAGCCGCUAUCCAGACCGCACGCGAAUGGACACAACAGUAUGCCGUCCCGAAAUGA